ACGCCCCUUCCGCUUGACGUCACAGGCCGCCCCUCGGUUCCCGGUUCCGCUGCCCGCACCGGAUCCCCGCUAAUGAGUACCGAGUCCGGCGGAUAGUCCGGCCAGAGCGGGCACACUGACAUGGCGGCGGCGGCAGCGUCACGGCGUCCCCAGCAGCAACCACCACCCGCGGGCCGGGCCUCCUCCCCGCCACCCCCGGCCUCCCCGCCGCUAUCCCCGGCCUCCCGGAGAGCCGCCUCCCCCCCGCACAGCCCCCCGGACACCCCGCUGCCCUUCUCCCGGCAAGGCCCGGACUCCCAGCCCGAGGGGGAAGCGGCUCCCCCGCCCGGCUCCGCUCCCAGGCCGCUCUCCCCCCCGCCCGGGGAGGCCGCCGGCUUGCUGUCCCCGGGAUCCUCCGCCCUGCCCCCGGCUCCGGCCCCCAGCUCCGGCAGCAGCUCCUCGUCCUCCUCCUCCAGCAACAGCCUGUCCUCCGGGAGCAGCCCCGCCGAGAGCCCGGACCCCGCCGGGGGGCCCCUGAGCGCCGUGAGCGGAGCCUUCCGGGAGCUGUUCGAGGCCUGCAGGAACGGGGACGUGUCCCGGGUGCGGCGGCUGCUGGAGCCAGGGAAUGUCAAUGCCAAGGAUAUGGCCGGCAGGAAGUCCACCCCGCUCCACUUCGCAGCAGGAUUUGGAAGAAAAGAUGUUGUUGAACACUUGCUACAGACAGGAGCUAAUGUUCACGCAAGAGAUGAUGGAGGCCUGAUUCCGCUACACAAUGCCUGUUCAUUUGGCCAUGCAGAGGUUGUCACCCUUCUACUCUGCCAAGGAGCAGAUCCCAAUGCUAGAGAUAACUGGAAUUACACGCCUUUACAUGAGGCUGCAAUUAAAGGAAAGAUUGAUGUUUGCAUAGUAUUGCUGCAGCACGGUGCAGACCCCAGCAUCCGAAACACCGAUGGAAAAUCAGCCCUGGACCUCGCUGACCCUUCUGCUAAAGCUGUCCUCACUGGUGAAUACAAGAAAGACGAACUCCUGGAAGCAGCCAGGAGUGGGAAUGAAGAAAAACUAAUGGCUCUAUUGACACCGCUAAAUGUGAAUUGCCAUGCCAGUGAUGGUCGUAAGGUAGGCGUGCAUUCUACGCCUUUACAUCUCGCAGCUGGUUAUAACAGAGUACGGAUUGUGCAACUUCUCCUCCAGCAUGGAGCAGACGUGCAUGCCAAGGACAAAGGUGGACUGGUACCCUUGCAUAAUGCAUGCUCAUACGGUCACUUUGAAGUUACGGAACUGCUUCUUAAGCACGGAGCCUGUGUCAAUGCUAUGGAUCUUUGGCAGUUCACACCGUUACAUGAAGCAGCCUCCAAAAACCGGGUGGAAGUCUGCUCUCUGUUGCUGAGCCAUGGUGCGGAUCCAACAAUCGUCAACUGCCACGGAAAGAGUGCAGUGGACAUGGCUCCUACUCCAGAGCUGAAGGAAAGAUUGACUUAUGAAUUUAAAGGGCAUUCUUUGCUACAAGCGGCGAGAGAGGCAGACCUGGCAAAAGUGAAAAAGUCACUUGCUUUGGAGAUCAUCAAUUUUAAACAGCCACAGUCACAUGAGACCGCACUGCAUUGUGCCGUUGCCUCCUUGCACCCGAAGAGGAAGCAAAUAACAGAGUUGCUGCUUAGAAAAGGUGCCAAUGUCAACGAGAAGAACAAAGAUUUCAUGACGCCACUACAUGUAGCUGCUGAACGAGCACAUAAUGAUGUUGUAGAAGUUCUGCAUAAGCAUGGAGCUAAGAUGAAUGGUUUGGACACACUUGGACAAACUGCUCUGCACAGAGCUGCUUUGGGAGGUCAUCUGCAGACCUGUCGUCUUCUGUUGAGCUUUGGCUCAGACGCGUCGAUCAUCUCUUUGCAAGGCUUCACAGCGGCACAGAUGGGGAAUGAAGCCGUGCAGCAAAUUCUAAGCGAAAACACUCCUGUCCGCACUUCAGAUGUGGAUUACCGACUGCUAGAGGCUUCAAAGGCUGGAGACUUGGAUACAGUAAAGCAGCUGUGCAGCCCACAGAACGUAAACUGCAGGGAUCUAGAAGGCCGGCAUUCAACUCCACUACACUUUGCAGCAGGCUAUAACCGUGUUUCUGUAGUGGAGUAUUUACUCCACCACGGGGCUGAUGUACAUGCCAAAGACAAAGGUGGUUUAGUUCCCCUGCAUAACGCCUGCUCCUAUGGACACUACGAAGUAGCUGAGCUCCUGGUGAGGCACGGAGCUUCCGUCAAUGUAGCAGAUUUAUGGAAAUUUACCCCACUACAUGAAGCAGCUGCUAAAGGAAAAUAUGAAAUCUGCAAACUACUAUUGAAGCAUGGAGCCGAUCCAACAAAGAAAAAUAGAGAUGGGAACACACCUUUAGAUCUGGUGAAAGAUGGAGACACAGAUAUUCAGGACUUACUACGAGGUGACGCUGCUUUGCUUGACGCAGCAAAAAAAGGCUGCUUAGCAAGAGUCCAAAAACUUUGCACACAAGAAAACAUUAAUUGUAGGGAUACCCAGGGAAGGAACUCAACACCUCUCCAUUUAGCAGCUGGCUACAACAACUUAGAAGUUGCAGAGUACCUCCUAGAGCAUGGAGCGGAUGUAAAUGCACAAGACAAAGGAGGAUUAAUUCCCUUACAUAAUGCAGCAUCAUACGGGCAUGUAGACAUUGCAGCCUUGCUGAUCAAAUAUAACACGUGUGUUAAUGCUACCGAUAAAUGGGCCUUCACGCCAUUACAUGAAGCUGCGCAGAAAGGACGGACACAGCUCUGCGCUCUGCUUUUAGCUCACGGUGCUGAUCCAACGAUGAAGAACCAGGAAAGCCAAACGCCCUUAGAUUUAGCAACAGCAGAUGAUAUACGGGCAUUGUUGAUAGAUGCAAUGCCUCCUGAGGCUUUACCUAGCUGCUUCAAACCUCAGGCUACAGUGGUCAGUGCCUCUAUCAUUUCACCAGCCUCUACUCCUUCAUGUCUCUCGGCUGCCAGCAGUAUUGAUAACCUAACAGGCCCCCUGGCAGACCUGGCUGUUGGGGGGGCAUCAAAUGCAGGCGAUGGUGCGGCAGGAACAGAAAGGAAAGAAGGAGAAGUUGUGGGUCUUGACAUGAACAUCAAUCAGUUUUUGAAGAGCCUGGGAUUAGAGCACCUUCGGGACAUCUUUGAAACUGAACAGAUCACUUUAGAUGUGUUGGCAGACAUGGGUCACGAAGAGUUGAAGGAGAUUGGCAUUAAUGCUUACGGACAUCGUCACAAGUUGAUCAAAGGAGUUGAAAGACUGCUUGGAGGUCAGCAAGGAACCAAUCCUUAUUUGACGUUUCACUGUGUCAGCCAAGGUACUGUUCUCGUGGACCUCGCUUCAGAUGAUAAAGAAUACCAGUCAGUGGAGGAAGAGAUGCAAAAUUCUAUUCGCGAGCACAGAGAUGGUGGUAAUGCUGGAGGAGUUUUCAAUCGGUAUCAUGUCAUCCGGAUUCAAAAGGUAGUUAACAAAAAACUCAGGGAGAGAUUCUGUCACCGUCAGAAAGAAGUCUCUGAAGAAAAUCACAACCAUCACAAUGAACGAAUGCUAUUUCACGGAUCUCCAUUCAUCAAUGCAAUUAUUCACAAGGGCUUUGAUGAGCGGCAUGCAUACAUUGGUGGCAUGUUCGGAGCUGGCAUAUACUUUGCUGAAAACUCUUCUAAAAGCAAUCAGUAUGUUUAUGGCAUAGGCGGAGGAACUGGCUGUCCAACACAUAAAGACAGAUCAUGUUAUAUCUGCCACAGACAAAUGCUGUUCUGCAGAGUUACACUCGGCAAAUCCUUCUUGCAGUUCAGCACAAUGAAAAUGGCCCAUGCGCCCCCUGGUCAUCACUCCGUGAUUGGCAGGCCUAGUGUGAAUGGGCUAGCCUAUGCAGAGUAUGUCAUCUACAGAGGAGAGCAGGCAUAUCCAGAAUAUCUCAUUACAUACCAGAUUAUGAAGCCCGAAGCUCCGCUGCAGUCUGCUACAACCGCGGAGCAGAAAACCUAGUAGCUGCAAGCCCAUAAAAUGGACCCAGAACUAUUACCUGACUGUCACUGGGAAUCUUUUUCCAUAAAAAGAAAGCCUAGGAGGAAGCUGUAAUUGUUUUUAAGUGUUACAUUGAUGGUUCUUUGCUGAAUGGAAACACACCUACUUGCUACUGUUCCUUACGAGGAAAUGUUUACAAGGGGCUGCCUUUCUAGCAAUGUUUCUCAGGCUCAUUUUCAAGAAUUCAGGCAAAAGAAUUGUCAAAAAAAAGUCUUCUUUAAGGUUUUUCAACACUACAACAUAAUUUCCAAGCUCUUUCAUUUGGAUGUCCCACACAAGUGUGUAUAAGGUUAAUGUGACGUUUUUAAUAUACUUUAAGCUUGAAAAGAGGUCACCAUGUAAUCCGCUAUUUAUUUGUUUUUAUAUCAAUGUAUCAAUAUUCUGAAAAUGAGCCAAAACCUGAGAAUUCCUUUUUUUUUUUUUCUUCUUUGCACAAAAAAUGGCGGAGUUGAUAAACAAUGCAAUAUUUACAUUUUAUUUACCAUGGAACAAGUAAGUCUUUGAUAAUUGUUGUCUAUUUUUUUUUCUCCCCCCCCCCCCCCC